UCAUUCGACCGCAGGUGCGUGCGAAGCAAAGAGGUAUUUUUGCACAUUUUUACAAGUUUUCAGUUUUAUUUUUUUCGGUAUUUCCAGUAUGAAGUCCAUGUGCGCAACCUUUAUUGUAAUGGCCAUGAUGGCCAUGAGUGUUACCGAUGUCUCCGGACAAGGUAUCAUCGUGGACGCUGCGCUUCGCAGAAUACUGGAAAACAUCCGCCAGCUGAUGCGCACGGGAAAUCCGGAAACGGGAAUGCCUGUGCUGGCGCCGUUUUUCAGCGAGGACAUCUUCUUCAAUGCCACGUUCGGAGGGCUUUUGGACUUCGACAUCCGCAUGACUCCGAUUCACAUCGAUGGGCUGGAUGCCUUCCAGGGCCGUCUGCAGGUUGAUUUGUCGACGCUUCGAUUUCCGUUCGAGUUCCGCUACAACGACGAGCUGACGAUGAACGGGUUCUACGACAUGAACGGGCGCGUGUACGGGUUGAUUCCGAUUUUCGGCAUCGGAAACUUUUUUAUCCGCCCAAAGGGGGUCCUGAUUACGGGGGCUGCCACCGUUGGAGAUAACGGCCAGGGAAUGCUCGAGUUGACGGAUUUCCAGAUCAGCAUGAUGAUUGAUUCGUUGGAGACAAACAUCCAAGGAAUGUUGCUCGGAGGAGAUUUGUCCGACUUGAUGAACGAAGUUAUCCAGGACGUGGUCCCAUCGGUGCUGCGUAACUUCCCGGAAGGAAUGUCUAAUUUGCUAUCCGCUGCCAUCUUCCCGAUGGCCAGCCGCUUUUUGGCGACGAGAACCAUGGAAGAUUUGCUCAAUCUUCUGUUCCCCAGGGGUUAAAGCGGAGGCUCUUUUGGGACACUGAAAAUCAAUUUGAAUUCGAUUUAUGUGGGCGAAUUAAUAAAAUAUAACCAAAAAACAGCCUGA